UUUUUCCAGCAAGAGUAGCUUGACAACAGCUACAGUCCAUUUAUUGAACCUGCAAUGGUCUUAAGCAGCACAGCAUAGUCUUAGAAGAUAACAUAAUACAAUUGUGUAUUAGAGUCAGCCAUCUAUCUGUAUUCAAGGUGGCUGCGGAUCAAGAGGGGAGAUCCAUGGUGUAGCAUGCCACUUGGACACAAGUUGGAGACUUAUCACCCAGGCCAGGGUGUCUGAUGAUCUUAGACCUGAAACACCCGGAGGUUCAUCAUUGAUGAUGUGUCGCACUGCCUGGUGUAUUAAAGAAGAUACACAUCCCUGCACAAAUCCAUGUGAAGGCAACACUUGUCAUACAAGUCACCAAGACAAACCACUGACCGAAACCCAUCUAACCGUGUCUUCAAAAGCAAAGAGUAACCAACCUGACCAGCAUAUCAUCUCAUCAUUUCCAUCUUUAAGCUCUCAACGCCAGCAUAAAUGGCCAAUGCCUCCCAGCAUCCUUCAACUAUCAAUCAAUGCUAAAUGUCUUUAUUAUUAACAUCCACAAUCGCAUAUUCUGAUGAAGCCACUCUUACCUACAUUAUACACACAUUCGACUGAACUAGAUUGAUCUUUCUGGAUCAAUCUAACAGCAUUAACUGUCUUUGCUUGUCUGAGUAUUUGGAUCUCAACCAUCUAAGAAGACUUAAUGUCCUUUCAAAAUAAGCCGCUGCCUGUCGUUCACUUAUCUGGGUCUCGUAAAAAAGCAAAUCAAUCAUGUGGUCCACGUUCGUCGUGCAGGAGGAAGAGGUAAGGUCUGGGAACACCUCAGCUGGGGUCCACCAACCAUCCGGAGGACUGGAAGGAUUUUUGGGAUCACGAGGCAAAGGACGCAAGCGACGACACAGAACACAAUCCGGAUCUGGAGAUGGAAUUAGCGAAAGCCAAGAAGGCAAAAUCAAGCUUACAUUAUUCCUGGCCAUAACCGGCAUCAUGCUUACCGUCCUCGGGGUGGGAACAGAGUUUUGGGUGGAACUCGCACCAUCCAAGAGCUUCUAUAACAAUCAGACUUGUCUGGUAGCACAUUAUGGCUUAUGGAAAUGCUGCACCAAGAUGAUCGAGGUCUCAGAUGUGGAUCCAAAGCUGGAGGUCUGUGGGCCUUUGCAUUUACAGGGAGAAUCCAAUUGCACCUUCUUUAAGUUCUACACCACUGGAGAGAACAUUGUCCUAUUUCAGAAAACGCCAGAAAAGGAUCUGACAGUUGCAUCAGCAAUGUUUGCUAUUAUUAGUCUUUUCCUGAUGGUGAUGGGAGCGAUCUGCAUUAUCAUGGCAGUAAGCAAAGGUGUUCAGUUCUUCUUGAAGCCAGCCGCAGUUUGCUUCAUACUCUCAGGUGUCUUAAUCUUCCUCGGCCUUAUAGUUUUCCACCAGUCAGUGCUUUCAUUUUUAGCAAGUGACCAAUCCAUACCUCUCCGGCAUCAAAUGUCAUGGUCGGUGACGUGUGUAGGCUGUGCUGGAGCUCUGGUGGUUGUUGCUGGAGCCUUGUUUUUGGUUCUUGCUCUUCCAUACAGUCCGUGGGAAAAGUGCUUUCCUAAGAAGAACAGUGAUAUCUAGUGGAGUGGAGGCUAAAGCGCACUUAUUCAACCAAUUUAAUCCUGGGAUUUAUACAGCAGGAGGUUGGGCAGACAUUCUUGCAGAUUAUUACAUUGGAACUUUUCUGUGAUGGGAUCAUCCAGCUUAAAUAUAAAAAUCCAUAUAAGCUUGAAACUACAGUAUAACGGAAUAGCUCGAUAGCUUUUUUGGUGUAAAAUUAAUUGUGCUUUAUUUUUGGUUGAACUGUUCUUUUUAUUAGUUCAGUCAAUGUUUAUAAAUUGCAUUCAACAUUUGUC